AUGAAGACUGACAACUACCUCAAUUUGUGCCUCGAGCAGGCUGCCAAUUCUCCGCUUCGCUAUCGCCACGGAUGUAUCAUCGUGCGCGGCGGCAAGGUCAUCGGGCAGGGUUUCAACGACCAUCGUGCUGGCUUUGACGGUGGCGCCUUGAAGACCGGUCGCCUUCCUAUCCGUUCCUUGGAUUCGGUCGCCCUUGCUGAAUUGAAGAAGAAGCAUAAAAUCAAGGGAAACACGAAGAAUCGCAAUAAGGAGGCUGUGACGACCUUCACGCCGUUCGAGGCUAUGGGCGGUGGCAAGCUUGCUAACACGCCGCUUUCCAUGCAUUCGGAGAUGAUGGCCAUCCACUCUGCACUCUCGGCCUCCACUACCCUGGUCUCCACGGCCGUGUCCUCUCAAAAACCGUACUUCAAACUAUCGGGUGAUUCUAAACGAAAAGCUCGACUACGGCGGGACGCCAUCAAAACCUACGUCGAGACCAUCUGCAAGGUCGCGUUCGCCCAACCCGCGGAGCAGCGUUCCGGCCAGCCACAGGUUCAAGAGUGGCGAGUUGAAGGCGCUGCAUCUCGAUCGGUCCUCGUUGAAUCUGGCACUGGGUCUUAUGAAAGAUCACGCGUUUCAGGUGCCUACGGAGAACAGUAUAGAGAAACACCGAACGAAGAAUCAGAAGACACUUCAUCACGAGAAAUACCGUCAAGAGAACAAUGGACAACACAAACAAGAGCGCCGACAGUAUGGGCAUAA